UCUUGUUUUCUAUUGUUUGCUGCGUGUUGUACUUCUCAAUUAUUUUACCGGCUCCAAAUUUUUAAAAUGUCAUUAAGAAUUGCAUCAGGCGGAUCUGUGCCCAAAAAGACCAAAACUGAAAAUGGUUUGGAACGAAGUUCAGAUGAUGAAUUAGAAACACCUUCAGCAUUUAAUCCAAAAUAUCGCGUCUGUCCAUAUUUAGACACGAUUAAUCGUCCUUUACUGGACUUUGAUUUCGAAAAACUUUGUUCAAUUUCUCUAACACGUAUUAACGUUUAUGCCUGCCUUGUUUGUGGUAAAUAUUUCCAGGGUCGCGGCACAAAUACACAUGCUUAUACGCAUUCUGUGUCAGAAGCGCAUCAUGUGUUUCUUAAUUUACAAACAUUACGUUUUUACUGUCUGCCAGAUAACUAUGAGAUAAUUGAUUCGUCCUUGGACGAUAUCAAAUAUGUCUUAAAUCCUACAUUCGUCACACAGGAUAUACGAAAUCUAGAUCGGUCAGAACCGAAAUAUUCGCGUACAAUUGACGGUACAUUAUAUUUGCCCGGUGUAGUAGGUUUAAAUAAUAUUAAGGCAAAUGAUUACUGUAAUGUAGUUCUACAUGCACUUUCACAUGUGGGACCCUUACGGAACUACUUUCUGCGAGAACAAAGUUACGCCCGCAUUAAACGCCCACCUGGU